AUGGAGGAGGACAACCCAAGCAGCCCGUCCACUCCUGCAGAGGACCGACGCAAGUCGGGUCGCAUGACGCGACGACCCGAGGUCUUUUCACAGACCGACCACUCCAUUGUCAAGGCAAUCGCGAGCAGUAAGCGCAAGCGUGGCGACGCGCUCGACCAGUCGGACAGUGACAACGACGUAUCGGAAUCGGAGAGCGACGACGCGGCCGACGACGAGACCGACGAAGAGGAGAUAAGAGAAAAGCGACGCGCUACCCGUAAGGUUGGUACAAAGAAGACUGCUGCUAAGAAAGGCUCGCACGCCGCGAAGAAGCCCAAGGUUACGGGCAACCCGGGGGGAAGACAGCUGGCUUUCCGACCCGCCGUCAACGGUCGACUCCCGACAUCGCGCCCCCGCAAGAUCAAGGUCCGGCCGAGUCUUGCCUCGGGUGAACGAGGAUUAUAUGCGGAGGUUUUCGGAAAGAGCAAUAAUGCCGAUACGGCCGCUGCGCAGUGGCUAAGUCAAUACCAACGCAAUGCUGGAGCUGCCAUGACCGACCUCGUCAAUUUCAUCAUCCGAUGCACAGGCGCCGAUCUGGAAAUCACUCAGGAGCAGGUGACUGAUAUCGACCAUGCCCCUAAUCGUGUUAGCGAUCUACAAACGAUGUACCUCGCGGAGGGAAUCACGGAUUAUCCGCUCAUUUCCAAAGUCAGGAAGUUCCGCGCAUUCCAGCCGGUUCUCGAAGAAUUUAUCACCGCAUUAAUUCAAACUUUCCAUCACUCUUCGAUCCUCUACACCGAUGAGGCUCUGCUAGAAAAUAUCCAGAUUUGGAUUUCUAGCAUGUCAACAGCGGGUAUCCGGCCAUUCCGGCAUACGGCAGCUGUCAUUUCGCUAACUAUGACAACCGCUAUGUGUGGUAUCGCACGCGAAGUGACGGCCACGGUGACGACCUCUCGCAAGCAGCUUGAGAAUGAGAAGAAAAAGAAGACCGUUAACAAGGGCCGGGUGGAAGCAAUUCAGACUGCCGUCUCUGAAGGCGAAGGAAAGAUCGAGCGCCUGGACGACUUUCUGCAGGACGGAUUCGAUCUUGUCUUCGUCCACCGUUAUCGUGAUGUGGAUGGCAGCAUUCGUGGCGAAUGCCUGGCAUCUCUUGGCCGAUGGAUCACUAUUUACCGGGAAAUGUUCUUCGAAGGCCAGUACCUCCGGUACCUGGGGUGGACUCUUGCGGACGUCGUACCCCAGACCCGACUGGUCGCGCUGACGCAAUUGCUGCCUCUCUACGAGAACAAGGACAAUAUUGGCGUUCUGCAUUCCUUCACUGAUCGUUUCCGCUCGCGCAUCGUUGAGAUUGCUGCGCAGGAUGCCGAUAUCAAUGUGCGUGUGGCUGCGAUCGAGUUGCUGAACCCUCUCCGGGAGGCAGGUUUGCUUGAACCUGACGACAUCGAUGCCAUCGGCAAAUUAGUCUUUGACAUAGACCCUCGGAUCCGGAAGACGGCAGGCCGCUUCUUCGUUGCCAACGUCCAGGAUGCAUUUGAAUCGUCGAUCGAAGAGGUGGGGGAUGAAAUGAACGAGGUAUUUGCCGAUGACGACGAUGAAGACGACUUCGAGACGCCCAAGCGCUCAUGGAUCAAGUUUAAGACACUGGUGGAUAUUUUCCAGGCUUACGAUGACCGUGGAGAUGAUGAAACCCCUGAACCAACCACAGCACGGGGGAUGCUUUCUGGGGCGCCCGCGGAGUCACGCUUCGUUCUGGCAACGGAGGCUAUAUAUCCCUACAUGGAAGAGCUCUCUCAAUGGCAAUCCCUGGCUGGCUAUCUACUUUAUGACCACUCACAGAUUGAGGAUGAGCCGGAGGAACAUGAUACCACCGGAGUGGGUCGGACCUUGUAUAAGAUGCAAGAGGGCCAGGAAUCCAUCCUCCUUGAGAUUCUCUGUGCCGCAGUCAAACUCCGUGUGCUUGACGUCGCAAAGUCCGACAUCGACAAGCGGGGACGCAAGGUCAAGGCACUGACCGCUAAGAUUCCCGAGCUUCAGGAGGAAAUCUCUCACAGCCUCGCCCAGAUUAUCCCUCAACUUCUCAACAAAUUCGGAUCUGCACCGGAGGCUGCAUCUGCUGUUCUGCGACUGGAGCAUCUGGUAGACUUGGACACUAUUCAAGAUCUCCAGAAGGAUGCCAUAGCAUACACGUCAUUGCUGAAUGACAUUAACAAGCAAUUCUUGACCCACUCCGAUCAGGAUGUCUUGGCUGAAGCAAGCGUCGCUUUCUUGCAUGCCAAGAGCUCCGAGGAGAUGCGUGAGGCUCUCGAGGGCAAAGUUCAGGAGCUGUGGGAUGAUAUGGUCGACACUCUUAGCGCAUUGUCUCGCAAGAAGGAGGUUCAAGCGGGCGCCUACAUCUCAGAUCCGACUCUCACCGACCUCGCCAACACUGUCACGCGCAUAUCUAAUCUCUCUGCUAUUACCGACUGCACAACGAUCCUGGAGACGGUGCCAAAAUCUCGCUCGAAAUCCAAGAAGGAUAAUCCCGAGGCUCCCUUUAACACGCUCCUUCAUCUGACCCAGCGUGGCGUUCGCAGACUGGAUGACGAUGAAGAAAUUGCCAGGGCGGAGACCGAAGUGAUUGCCAACAGCGUCCGAAUUUUGCUUUUCUAUUUCAUGUGGAAGGUGCAGGCUCUGACAGCUGCAUUGAAUGCUGGGAAAGCCUUCUUUAACACAUCGUAUUUCGAGGCGCUCACAAAGAGCCGCGAGGCAUUUGCCUCGGCGCUUCUUGCUAUGAUGCAACAGCGCACAGGUCUGGAUGAUCUGCGAUUCACAGCUGUUACAACAUACCUGGAUCUCCAAACUCUUUUCGGCACUCUUCGCAACGUCGGUCAGGGUGUUGGCAAUGACGAGGAUGUUCUGUUCCAAGCUCAGAGCCUUGUACACGAGGUUCCGUCCGAUGCCCAAACUCUUAUCGCCAAAAUCCAACACAGCGCGGAGCGCAUGUUUGCUAAAAAAUCCAAUCGCGACCUUGAGCCUGCCGAGGAUGACGCGCCCGCUUCCGAGGAUGAGCCCGAGGAUGACGACGAAGCUAAUGCCUCCGAGGAUGAGGCCGUGAUGAACGAGCGCCUCCGCAGCGGCAUGGUCGCGGAGCAGCGUCUCUGUGAGUUGACUGGCAAACUCGUUCUGGCCAUCAUUGGCCGCGUGGUCGAUGCCUCUGGCUCGCAGCGCGGGGCUCUCAAGAAACGACUUCUUCGUAACAAGACUGCCCUUGGUCAGAACUACCGCGAGGUUUUGUCAUACUUGGAGGAGCGCAAGCCCCGCAAUGCCCCCCGCAGCAAGGGCAAACAGCCCGCCAAGGGCAGCGCUGCCGAAGGCCAGACGCCCGCGGCAGGUAAGGACUUCAAGUCUGCGGAGCGCGUCGACAAUGAUGAGGAGGAGGAGGGUGGAAAUUCUGAUCCCGUGGAGGAAGAUGAUGAGGAAGAUUUGCGUGUUCGAGGACUCGUUGAGGAGGAUAUUGACCGCGAAAUCGAUGAGAACGAAGAGCUCAAUGAACCAGCACCGGAAUCAGACGAGGAUGAGGUCAUGGGCGAUUAA